AUGGUGAAUGGAUCCGUUUUGAUACUUCAAUAUCUUUGUCAGAUCGUCCGCUGCCCUAUGCGAACCUACGCAAAACCCUAAACCCUGCUGAGAUGUGGCGUUUUGGUCUCACCCGGGGUCAGUCCGCCGCACACGGCGCUGCCCCUCGCCUCCUUCCCUCCUACUUCUUGACCGCCACCUGCGGUAUCCUCGCCCGCUCGUACGGCCUGAUCCCAAUGGUGAUUGAGCAAACUUCGCGCGGCGAACGCGCCUACGACAUCUUCUCCCGUCUCCUCAAGGAGCGGAUUGUAUGCAUCAACGGCCCCAUCUCCGAUGAGACCGCUUCAGUCGUGGUCGCCCAGCUGCUUUUCCUCGAGUCCGAGAACCCCUCGAAACCCGUUCACCUCUACAUCAACUCGCCAGGCGGCGUCAUCACCUCCGGUCUAGCUAUCUACGAUACCAUCCAGUACAUACGGUCUCCGGUCACGACCCUCUGCAUCGGCCAGGCCGCGUCCAUGGGUUCCCUUCUCCUCGCCGCCGGUGCCCCUGGCGAACGCCGCGCCCUCCCCAAUUCCCGCAUCAUGGUACAUCAGCCUUCUGCCUCUGGUAUUGGUGGUCAGGCCGCGGAUAUUGCCAUCCAUGCCAAGGAGAUCAUUAAGAUGCACGAGAGGCUCAAGGCCAUAUACAAUAAACACACCGGGCAACCACUUGAAAAGAUCGAGAAGUUCCUUGACCGGGAUACAUACUUGUCACCGGAGGAGGCCAAGGAAUUCAAACUAGUUGAUGAGGUCAUCGAGCACCGGCCACUGGCGCUGGUGACAGAUGCUAUUGGUGGUGAGAGUGGUGGUGGUAGCAACGGCAGUGGGGAACAUUCUGGUGGUGAGGGAAAGGAGCAGAGUUAGGUAUGGAAUUGGUUUCCUUAUCCAAUAUAAUGAGAACGUUUGAUCCUACUUUGUGAUCCUGUCUCGAUAUUCAUUUCUUCUUCUGAUUACUUUCAUGAGUUGAGCUUGAAACUUGAAUAUAAUUCAAUCAAGGCAUGGUGUAGUCUUAUCACCUUGUCAAAUUGCUUUAUAGCUUCGUAUUCUAUCUAAACUCUUUUACUACUUAUUGAAGCAAAAUUUUGAUAGUUGAAGUGUUAUCUACAGAUUUGUAUU